AUUUAUUGUUAUACAGACGGCGGGACUAUAUAACAAACCAGUACCAAAAUUAUUGACUGAUUAAUGCAGUCAUAAACGAAAAAGAGUUGAAAACUGCGAAUACUUGGAAAUAAACAUAGAUGUUGUGGAAAUAAAUAAUCAACAAGUUAUAACAAUCGCUUAUCGCUUAUUAUUCUAGACCGUGCUUAUCGCGGCUUUACUAUACUAUAGAGCAUAGAGUAUAGAUACUAUAUUACAACUAUAUGUAGUAUUUACUUAUUACUUAUUAUUUUAUUAGGUAAUAGCACGAUUAAAGAUAUAGUAUAUCUUUAAUCAUGGGUAAUAGUCAUGAACAUUGGAUAAUGUUCAUGGGUAUAGUAUAUUAUUAUCAUUAUUAUAUUUUUUAUUGUUAUAUAAUUUUUUAAGUUUUAGUUUUUACUUAUUUUGAGCGACAACAAUAGCGUACAUCCUUUUAUUAGUUUUCCCAAGCAAAAUAUUUUUCGAAGUAUUUAAUUACACAAAGAAUUUUGUCGAGUAGUUUUUGAGUUAUACCUAUCUAAGUAUUUAAAGAUAUGGUGAGUGGUACGGGGAUACCCCACAAAAUGUUGCGUCUACUAUUCCACUCACCAAAGCUGAAAAUACUUAUCUCAUAAACUGCUCGUCCAAAUUAUGAUUUUUAUGUAUCAAUUUAAAUACUGAAAAAAAUAUUCUACUUAGAAAAUUAAAAAUUAAAAAUGUCAUAAAAAAAAAGUAAAAAACUUAAAACAUAAAAAUUAUAAAUUAAGUAUAUAGUCUAUAAACCUUGAAAUACACUUAUCUAAUACAAAGUACUAUUGAUAAUCAAUGAUAAUAGUUAUCUAUGAACAUGAACGAUGAGGAAUGACAGCAACUAAAGAUAACUGAUUUAGUGAUUUAUAUUUUUUAAUUUUUUUAAAAAUUCUGUUUUUAAUUUAAAUUUUUAAUACAUUUUGAAUCUUAUCUUUAGAAAUUGCGUCUUGAAUUUUGAUUUUUAUAUAAUUGUAUUUUAAAAUACGCUUGUACGUAUAUCACUGACUUAAUAAGAUUUAAUUAAAUUUAAAUUUUAAGUUUUUGUUUUUAUCAUUAAGUUAAUAAUGGAUCCUGAACAAAAUUUUAAUCAAUUCUGCCUUAAACAAAUUUUGAUGAAUGACACACAACGUAAAGUGAUCGCUGUUGAAGGCAAUUUCAAUGGACUACAGGAACCAGCCGUUGUUGUUCUAGAAAAGUAUGCGUUUGAUGAAGCUUCUGUUUUAAAUGCGUGUAAUGCUCAUACUAAAUUUAAAAAAAAUUUAGAAAAUGAUAUUUAUAAAUCAUUUAGUUGUGUGCCGCCGUAUGAUGAAAAUAUUCCUUCUAAUAAAAUGGAUAUAAUAUAUCCUGCAACAGACAAGCAUAUUUUAAAGUAUACAAGUCAACCUAUGUAUUUUGUUCAAGAAACUGAAGAAAUGUAUCAAACUGUAACUUUACAUCAUAUAUUGGAUAAUGGUUUGUCACUACAAUGGGUAUACAAUUGCUUAGAGUAUAAAUCAGAAAAGGAAAGAAUAAAAUAUGAUACGGCUUCUGAAAAUCAAAAAGAUGAUGAAGAUAUUGGCUUUUUACUUUUACCAGACUUAAAAUGGUCCGGAAAAUUGAAUGAAUUGUACUUGUUGGCAGUUAUUAAAAAAAGAAACAUUAAGUCACUUAGAGAUUUAACAAUUGAUCAUUUACCAUUACUAAAAAAUAUUUUAAAUAAAGGAUCAGCUGCUAUUUAUAAAUUAUAUGGAGUUCAACAAUCUCAGUUACGUGUUUAUGUCCAUUAUCAACCAACAUUUUAUCAUUUUCAUGUUCACUUUACACAUCUGAUGCAUACGCCUCCAGGAAUAAAUGUUGGAAGAGCUCAUUUACUCACAACAAUAAUUAAUAAUAUUGAAAUGCAAGGCAACUACUAUCAAAAAGCUACAUUAGAUUAUACUAUUAAGGAAAGUGAUCCAUUGUUUAAUCGUUUUGAAGAAAAAGGUAUUCUUUGUAAAGCCAAACUUAUUGACAAAAGUAGUAUUGUGUAAGACAACAACCAAACAACUAUAUAUUUUAAGUAAGUAACCUAUAAUUAUUUUUUAAAUGUAUUUCAUUCAUGGAUUUUAUUAAUUUAUAAUUUAUGUUUAAAUAUAGUAUAAUUUUUUCAGGCUUUAGUUAAUAGUUAACAUUUUAUACAAUUUAUGUUUUAAUAAAUGUAAUAUAAUAGAAUACAUUCAAUACUCAUAGUUACUAAUGUGUGAUACAAGUAUAAAUGAUAACUUUGUUUUAAAAUUUUAGUAAAUAAUGAAAGUUUUUUUUUAUAGUUAUAAUCUUAAAACAAUACAAGAUUUCAUAAUAUUAAAAUAUUUGUUAAUUUUUAUGAAUUGAAUGAAGACUAAUUUUAAAUUAAGUUAAUAUUCUUAUGUAUUACUAGAAAUCACUACAGCUAAAUAUGACAUUUAGUAUAACAUUAUAUACCAUAUUAAAUUUAAAUACUGGAAAUAAUACAAUAAGUUAUAAUAAUAAUUGGCAACAGUUUAAUGAAAACUAAAUGAUCUAUUAAUUGAUGUAAGUGUCCCUCUGAUAGGGACCGGGUGGCAGUAUUGUGGUAAACAGUUCCCACCCAUUCCUUGUUUUUUUUUUUGGCAGAAAAAAAAAUUGUCCCUCUGGUAGCAGCCAAUAGGAUUAGUACCUAUUACCAAAUAUAAUAUAGUUUAUUAUAAUACAAAACUAGAUACUUCCAGAUUGAAUAAAUUUAAAUUGUAUUAUAGAUUAUUUCUCAAAAAUACACUGUUACUUUAAUAUUUUUUUUAUCUGUAUCCCAUAUACGCAAGGAAUUUAAUUAUUUUAUGAUAAUGAUUCUCUAUUAGUGACUUUUUUUUGUCUAUCUUUAUACUUUUUUCCCCUCUGUAAUUACUAAUAUAUUUUUUAAUAUCCUUCUUUAUAUAAAUCAUCUUUGCUUAUUAGGAAUUUAAUUUUCCUAACUGUUAAUGCGAAUCUCAAACUACUUAUUUGUAAAAUUAAAAUUUUGAUAUAAAUAAUCACCUGUAAUAAUGUAAUACUAUCCACUUUUAAUAAUAAUCUCAAAACAUGUAAAUUUAUAUUAAAGUAUGAUAAUCAAUUUUGCAUUUUAAGUAAGUAUACAUAUUACAUAGUAUAUUAUUAUUAUACAUUUCUCUGAUAAUUUAUUUUUUUGGUUUGAAUGAUGAUAGUGCUGGGAUUUUACUGAUUGUUAUUUCAAAUACAUAAUUCAAUCAUUGCGA